AUGGCCGGCCCUACACGAUCCCAGAGCGGCGACGGCUCGGCGGCGCAUCCUCACCAGCCUGCCCAGCCUAGUACCCUGCGGCAGAGCCACACGCCCUCGAGCCGGCCCGUCAGCUACGUCGACGAAGACGACGAGGACGAGGACGAGUACGACAUGGCCGCCGCCGCCGCCGCCUCCUCCUCCUCCCCCGACCGCCGUGUGUCCGAAGGAACCCCGUUGCUCAUCACCUCGAGCGCGCACCCCGGCGAGUGCGACCACGGCACGUUUAGCCCCCGCGCAUCGACGCCGAUGGGGGCGCAGGAGCUGGAGAACCACAUUGACCGCAUGCAGGGCUCCGACGACUGGAAGUCGUGGCUGAAGCAGCGCAUGCGCACCAAGAAGAUGGGCGACUCCAGCGAGCUGGCGCAGCGCGCGGGCGUCAGCAACGACACAAUCAUGUACCUGUCGUAUUACAUUCCCUGCCUCACAUGGAUGCGGCAGUACAAGUUGUCGUAUCUGCAAGGCGACAUUGUGGCUGCCAUCACCAUGGCCUCAUUCUACCUCCCGAUGGCCCUCUCGCUCGCCGCCAACCUCGCACACGUCUCGCCCCUCAACGGUCUAUACUCCUUCGUCUUCAACCCAUUCAUCUACGCCAUUCUCGGCUCCUCGUCUCAAAUGGUCGUCGGCCCGGAAGCGGCGGGGUCCCUGCUCGUUGGCUCCGUGGUCAAAUCCAGCAUCGACGCUGGCGGACUUGAUGACAACGACCUCGUUCACACGCAAAUUGCCGGCGUUGUUGCUGGUAUCGCUGGCGCAAUGGUGUUCAUCGCCGGCCUGGCUCGGCUCGGCUUCCUCGACUCCGUCCUCAGCAGACCCUUCCUGCGAGGCUUCAUCAGCGCCAUUGGAUUCGUCAUUGCUGUUGACCAGCUGAUUCCCGAGCUUGGCUUGGGCAAGCUCGCGGAUGAAUCAGGCGUCGGCCAUAGCAGCAGCGUGGAAAAGAUUGCCUUUAUUCUCGAGCACUGGGAAGAUGUACAUCGCCCCACGUUUGCUGUUGCGGGAGGCAGCUUUUUGGUCAUCAUGUUUUUCCGCGAAAUGAAACGUCGUUUGGAGCCCCGGUACCCCUCCGUCGUUUUCGUUCCGGAUCGAUUUGUUGUCGUUGUUGCGUCGGCCAUCCUGUGCUGGUAUUUUGAGUGGGAUAAGAGCGGCGUCGAAAUUCUCGGCGCGGUCAAGUCGGCAACGGGAACGCUCUUUGCUUUCCGAUGGCCAUUCACUCUCGCCCACAUGCGCCACAUUCGCUCUGCCAUGUCGACUUCGUUCCUCAUUGCCCUACUCGGCUUCUUUGAGUCGUCUGUCGCGGCCAAGAGUCUUGGAAACAGUAGCAUACCCGGCAUGGAGUUGAGCGCAAACCGCGAAAUGAUUGCACUGGGCGUUGCCAAUGUUGUUGGCUCUUGCUUCAUGAGUCUUCCUGCAUUUGGUGGCUACGGACGCAGCAAAGUCAACAAGACGACUGGUGGCAAGACGCCAAUGAGUUCCAUUGUGCUGAGCCUCAUUUCCUUGCUCUCUGUGCUUUUCCUCUUGCCGUACUUUUACUUUUUGCCUAAACCAGUCCUGUGCUCCAUGAUUUCUGUCGUUGCUUGGUCGCUGAUAGAAGAAGCACCGCACGACAUCAAGUUCUUUGUCAAAAUUCGAGGUUGGACUGAAUUGGGUCUCAUGGCCAGCAUCUUCCUGUCUACAAUCUUCUACUCCUUGACUCUCGGCAUGGCCCUGGGGGUCGGCAUCUCGCUGCUCAUGGUGAUCAAGCACAGCACGCGCCCUCGCAUCCAGAUUCUCGGCCGCAUUCCCGGAACGCAGCUCUUUGAAAACGCCGAGGCUGUACCUCACAAUCUCGAGUUCGUCGAGGGCUGUCUCAUUGUCAAGAUUCCCGAGCCGCUGACCUUUGCCAACACCGGUGAGCUUAAAUCUCGUCUACGCCGCCUCGAGCUGUACGGCACGCCGUCCGCUCACCCAGCACUGCCUCGCAUCCGCAGCCAAGACGCCAACCGCAACAUCAUCUUUGACAUCCACGGCGUCACAUCGAUUGACGGCUCCGGAACCCAAGUCCUAGAAGAACUUGUGCGCAGCUAUCGGGACCGUGGCGUCCGCGUCUUCUUCUCGCGCAUGCCUGGUGGCAAGAGCCACCCCGUCUGGCGCCUCAUGGUCAGCAGCGGCAUCGUAGCACUGUGCGGCGAGAGCCACUUCGUCAGGAACGUAGAAGAGGCGUUGCAGAUGACCGAGUACGAGGAAAGCAUCGAAGACGGCAGAAGCAGUGUCGCUUGA